AUGUCGGGGAAAUCUCCAGUAGACGCAGGCGAUAAUGCGGAAGAAAAACGUGGGUAUAAGUGGUUCGGACAAGCAUUAUUCUAUAUGGCCUCAUUUUUCGAAGGCUACGAUCAGCAGGUGUUGUCCAUGUGUAUGAGGGCUUUCGAGUUGACCUUGGGUUUUUCUCAGUCUCAGUUGUCUACCUUGGCAACUGUGUCUACUAUGUCCCGCAUGGGUUGCUGCAUAAUUUGGGGAUUGCUUGCAGAUGCCCAUGAAUCGAAGUAUGUUCUUGGAGGUGGAUUAUUAGUCAUGGGCAUGGCUUCGAUUGUUCUGAGUUCUGCAUCACAGUACAGAUCGAUUCUUUUCUUGCGUUUCCUACACGGUUUUGGGUUCGCUUGUGUCUAUCCCGUGCAACAAAAGAUUGUAUCGGAUUCAACUGGUUUAGAGGAUGCAAAGAAACGAAAGGGAGCAUCUGGACCACAAGGAUCAACUGGACAAGAAGGAUCAACUGAUUCUGAGGAGUUGCCGGAAUCAAAAAAAGCUAGUGGUAUGUUCACGAUUUUCCAGGCUCUAAACUGCAUCGGACGCCUGUUAUGCGCUGUUAUAACUACGCUCAUUGCGAAGAAAGUAUUAUUGGGAUAUUAUGGCUGGCGUACGUCAUACGUUGUGUUGGGGUACGUGUGGAUAUUGUUUGGUGUUGGGAUAGUGUUUGGAAUGCAAAAGAAGUGCGAUGAUGAAGCUGUUAAACGUGAUGGGGAAUUUGUGAAUCGCAUAGCAAGGGCCUUUACAGAAGUUCUUAAUAGGGCAACAACGUGGGUAUUAAUAUUUACGAUUUUCAUCGCAGAAGCUCCUAUGUGUGCGUUUAAUUACAUGACCAUAUACCUUCAAUAUUUGGGAGUAUCUGACACAAUGGCAGGAGUUGCGAUUGCAAUUACGUUGAUUGGAGGCGCAGCUGGAAGCGGAGCUGGAGGAGAAAUUAUAAAGAGAAUUGCGAAACACAGCUCAAAAGGAUAUGUUGAACUUGGUUCUGGAAUCGCAGUGAUGGUCGUCCGACUAAUCGUGUGUAUAUUAUUCUUCUUGGGGAGGCCACCAUGUGGGAAGUUGCUUUGGUAUCAUUAUGUAGAGUUGGCAACGCUUGGGGGGACAUUAGUAACGAUUGGAGGUGUAGAUAGGGCCAUCAUGAAGGAUGCCAUCGAAGAUGAUUUGCAGGCAACAGCAUCUGCCAUCAUUCGCACUAUAUCAGGCAUUUCAAGUAGCAUAAUUCUCUACCAGAUUUCUGCAUAUUUGACCGAGAAGGUGUUUGGAUACGUCCCGUCUAGGGAGUCGUUUGAAAGCAUGGAUGCAGCUGUUAAAGAAACAAAUGCAGAAGCUUUAAGGAAGUCAAUGAUGUACAUUAUUUUGGCGGGAACGUUGCUAAAUAUUAUUUGCUAUAUUGUGAUGUUUUUCACGUAUGAAACGGACAUAGGAGCAGUUAAAGUUGCAAAUGAGGCCGCUAAAAAGAGUGCGCAAGACCAAGGAUCAGUAAAAAAGUGA